UGCGGCCCCGCCGCCGCUGCCGCCGUCGGGGUGCUCCGCGCUGCCUCCGCCACCGCCGCCCCGCUAUAAGUGCGGGCGAGGGGCGCGGCGGCGGCCGAAGAUGCGCUGGCAGCCGGGGCUGCGCGGCGCCCCGCCGCGGCCGCCCUGCGCGGAGGAGAGGAGGAAGAAGAAGAAGGAGGAAGAAGAGGAAGGGGGAGGCGGCGGUGGCGGCGCAGGGCGGCCGCGGCCAUGAGCUGCUCGGACGUGGCCAUGCAGCAGGCCGCCUCGGCGGCGUGCGGGGCCACCCGCUGUCUGGCCGCGCCCGCGGCGGGCUGCCCGCAGAAGAAGUUAGCUGUAUACAACAAGAUGCAGGAGUCUCUGGAAGUGACCCUUCCCAGCAAGCAAGAGGAGGAUGAGAAAGAACAGCCUGCCGAAAUGGAGUACCUUAACUCUCGCUGCGUCCUUUUCACUUACUUCCAGGGAGACAUUGGUUCAGUUGUGGAUGAACACUUUUCAAGAGCUUUGAGCCAAGCCAGUAGCUUCAGUCCAGAAACUGCCCUUACCAAGAGCAAGGCAGGGCUAAGUCCUCUGUGGAGAGAAAGCUCAACAAUUUCAAGCCAAAGGAGCAGUUUCCCAACUUCAUUUUGGACCAGCUCUUAUCAGCCUCCACCUCCACCAUGCUUAAGUGGAGUACAACACGAUUUCCCUGUUACUGCACCAGGCACCUUCCCAGCACCAGAUCCCAGCAGCUGGCCAGGACAUGGCCUUCAUCAGACUGCCCCACCUCCUCCCCCUGCUGCCUCUGAAUCCUGGCAUUAUCCUUUAGCAUCUCAGGUGAGCCCUUCGUAUGCACACAUGCAUGAUGUGUACAUGCAUCGCCAUCACCCUCAUCCACACAUGCACCAUCACCAUCCCAGCUCACACCGUGACCCCCGCUACGGGUCCCUGCUGAUGCCUUCAGUCCGUGCAGCCAGGAUUCCUGCUCCCGAGUGUGACGUGACAAAGACAGAUCCAGCUGCUGUCACCAGCGCUACCUCAGCAUGGGCUGGAGCCUUUCAUGGAACGGUUGACAUUGUGCCAAGUUUUGGGUUUGACACAGGUCUACAGCAUCAGGACAAGAACAAGGAAACUUCUUGGUUCUGAAGUUCAGAUGAAUUAAGACCAGCUAGAGCUGGAGUCAGCGCAGCUGGGCGGGUGAUAUAACAGUUGUUGACUCCUCCAUGGGGCAAAGGACACACAUGAAGAUGAAGAGCCAACCGUUCUGGUUUUGCUAUUGAGCCUUUUGUUUGUAAGGCCAUUUAUGGGUCCCACAGUGUUGGAAAAAAACAAAACCCUAACUUUUCUUUCUUUCCUCAUCUGAGCCUGCUGCAGCUGGGCAACCUAACUCCUUUCUGCUCCUUUAACAGUGUUUUGUUUCGUUCAGCUCGAUAUUUUUAUGAACAGUCUCAGUUGUCAGGAAAGAGACUCUCCGUUGUCUACAGUGCGCCUCUUUUCAGGAAUACAGUAUUUUGUAGCUGUUUGUGCAUCUAUUUUUGUAGAAAUACAGAAAGUUUGGGUAAGGAUCGAUGGGCUAUUUUAGGAUGACAUAUUUUUUUAAAAAAAAUUGUAAAAUUGUUAAGUUCUGUUUAAAGAACUUGCUCUCAGAGAAGCACUGGCAAAAAAAAUGUAUAAAAUGCUAUUUUUAGAUGUCUGUGAUGUGUUUGUGCAUUUUGGGUUUUUUUGUUUGUUACCUCAAAUGUCUGUCUAUCCUUUCUUUUUAAAGGCCUAAACCUUCUUUCCACAUUUCUAGAUUUUGAUGUUUUUGUCCUAUUGUUCUAGCUUAAGCAAAUAUAAGUCGCACCUAAAGUUUCAGCCAAAUAUUUUUCCUGGAGUUAGAUUAUAGUAAGGGUGUUUUUAUUCUCUUGCUUCUAGAGGUGGCUUUGUGCUGUGCUGAUUGUCAGAAACUUGCAAACACCUUUAGCAUGGGGCAAAGCUUGGGGUUAUAGGCACUGUAUUUCCAACCCAUCCAUUCUUUCAAAAUGGACCAAAUACUGUUACGGAUUUAAAUCAGAAUUGAGUUUGGGCCUCAUCUAUGGUCCAUUGAAGCUGUUCCAUUGAACACAGUAGCCUGUGGGUUAUGUUUCAAGCCCUCAUAGUGCUCAUGAAUAUCAGUGUACUCAUAUUUUAGCUCAAGAGGUAGGACUUUCAGCUAAGCCAUUUCAAGGGUGGUAACUUCUAACGUCAAUAUUCAGGAAAGAAAUGUCAGUUUUAAAAAGCAUGUGACUUGUGGAAACAGAAUGUUUCCAACUGGCCUCAUCUGUCUGCUGAGCACCUCAAGGGAAGCACUGAAACUUUCAACUCCUGUUGACAUCAAAAACUGUUUGUCUAACCUAAGACUUGCUGUGAGCCUUAUGAGACCCCAGCUGCAGCUCUUGAAUUUUUUGAGAACUUGCAUGUUUUCAGCAUGCACAAAUUCAGGCUUGUCUGCUGUCUGUACUUGGAAAUUACAUGGCCAUGUCUAACUACAGUGCUCUGCAAGGUGUUUUGGAAACCCCGUUUCUGGCCUGGGCCUUGGGUUUCACUUGCAUAAGUAAGGUCUUCAGUUGAAGCCACGGUGAGCAUGAUCCAGCCCUGAAUAAGAGCUACAAGAUUAGCCUUGACAGCCCCAGACCCGCGGUGUGCUGGAGGUGGCUCAGCCUCCAUCCCCAGUCCUUAGCGACUCCUGCGCGUGCCAGCACGCGCUUAGGUGGGACCAAGAGCAGGACUGGGGCCUGGAUUGCCAGAUCCUAGCUACUGCUUGGAGAUGUUGCCUUUGUGCUCCGUAUACCCAGGGUACUCCUGUAAUAUCUCCUAAGGCUCUUAUAAACUAUUAUAUUUCUGUUACCACUGUUUUCAGACAUCCUUGUCAGAAAGACAAACCAGUUAAAUGGAAACCAAGACAUAAGCACAUGACUGAGAUAAGAGUUUUAAUUUUCAGGCAGCAAGCUUUGUAAAUGUAGGUUUGUCAGGUGGAGACCACAUGGAUCUGUGUGUGAAAGGGGAGAGGAAGUGUUGGGAUGUGUAUGCCACUCCAAGAUUCAGGCCUCCUUCCCUGCACUGCUGCUUCCCUCCAAGCUUUUUGAACUUGAUCCUGUGAGGUGUUGAGUGUUCCACCUUGCCACGUAAGAGGGCUUGACAUGCUGGCACUGGAGGCUUUAGGAUUAUGUCACAAUUUGGCAAGACCCUGAAGUAUGUACCUUGCUGAUUUGAUGGUUGAGACAGUGUAUAAGUGCUGACUGGACUAUACUUAAAUAUUACUUUAAAAUAGUAGGGAUGUAGUUUCUGUUAGAUGCUGUAUUAAUUGUGUUGGGUUUGGGUGUUUUCUUUCCCUCAUCUUUAUAGUCCAUCAGCAUUUCUUUCUCUUAAUAAAUUUCACUCUCAUGACAACUCUCUGUAUAAUUGUUGCUCUGGUGGAGCUAGCUCCUCAAUUUGUUAACGAAUUCAUAAUGCAAUUGGAAAACUGUAUGGGAGGCAUCACAGUAAUAGCUGCCAUGGUUCACUUUUUUGUCAGGACAGUAUAGUCCAGGAAAUAUCUCAAGAAUAAGAGUUGCGACUUAGGAAUUCUGACAGUAUUAGAAAUACUGGGAGGAAAAAAUCCAAUUUUUUAAUUUUUUUUUUCCUUUUUUUUUUUUUUCUGGGCUUGGCAAAGCUGGAAGGCAAAGAGGCAAAGUAUCCUCUUUGGACUUCAGGCCUGAAGAGUUUUGGUGGUGGUGGAAGCAAAAGGAAAGGCAUAGUGUGAUUGACUUCCUGAAAUAAAGUCUAUCAAGAGAAGUCAGCUCAUUGCCUUCCUCUUUGCAAGUUCAGAUGACGAUGGACCUCCUCCUGUUCCCCAUAGAUGUCAAAGCAGAAUGGGGCAGGAAAAAACAGGCCCACAGAUUGCACUGGAAUCCCUUUCUGGAUUGUUUUAUUGAGUUUAUGGGUAGUGGGGAUGAAUAUGUCGUGAAGCUAUUGCCUCUUCCACCUCAAGGACUACUACUAUGUGCCCAGUUUCCACUGCUGAAUCUGUGAGUGUACUGAAGGAACUCCUUUUGCUCUGCAGGCUCUGAAAGACAAGUGCCAAUAAAAACCUACUAUUGUCUGUAGCAAUUCAUGCACCAGUCAGUUGAAAGUGAAAUAAAUUGUUUUCCUCAGUCACUAACUGUCCCCUGACAAGUGAGUUGAAAGUAAAACCAUAAAUGCAUAGCAGUAGCCCUACUUCUAUGGUCUCCAGUUUGAAGGAUGGGAAAGAAAAAAGCCUUCCUUUUGACAAACUUUUAAGUUAAACGCACCGGAUUUACUUCUCUCUUUCUCUCCCUCAUACACGCACACUUAUACACACGCACAAAUGUGCUUAUGAGAAGCAGAUGCUAUGAUGGUUUUGUUCUUGAAAGAGGAGGAGAGCACGUGCUCGCAACAUUGCAGUUACAGAGAAUUGAUGGCAGUGAAAAAGAAACAAUAAUGUUAAGACUGCUCAUGUUUCCAUGAUAGGAAAAAAGGCCCUUAAAAUCAGGUCACAGAUAUAAGUUAUGUAUCUUAAUGUAUUACUAAAGGACUUGUUUCAUUCUUUUAAUGUGAAUUCUGAUGCUGUUCUAAGAAAGUGGAUGAUUCAUUUUGCAAAGGCUUAUAAAAUAUGAUGUACUCUGUCACAAUUUCUGGGAGAACAUAGGGAAAUUAUUGUUUUGUUUCAAGAAAAUUUACAUGCUAAACUCCUAAAAGUUGUCCAGGAUUUUAUUUUAUUCCUAUUAAUGUUGAGGAAACUGCUGUCAGUUUUUGUGUCUUCAUUCGAAGACUUGGGAGGAUUCAAGCUGUCCAUGUUCUGAAAAGCAGAUACCAGUUUGUUUCAGAUGGGCAUUUCCAUCCCAACAAGAUGAGGGAAUAGUGCAGCUACUGACUGCCCUUAUUUGCUUUCUAGAGAGCUGAAUAAUCUAUGUUUGGCUAUUGCAAAAUGCACUUUGUUCUGAUCCCUGUCCUCACCAGACGCACAAAUUCAGUUAUCGGUUUAUCUGAUACCUUUUUUGUAGUGUGAAGACCUUCAGUGAAUGGCUGUUUUCUCUCAGCUGUCUACUUCUGCCUCAAAACAUGCUUUUGAGGAUGACUCUUUCACCGCAGCUUUCAGAGAGAGCAGAGGUUCUGGGAGGGUGGUGUUGCGUUCCCCCCUACCUGCACUUAGGAUGGACUUGACUGCACCCAGCCUUUCUGCUUCUGCGCUACUGUGUUUGUCUUGCUCUCCUCCUGCCACAAUUCCUUAUGCGUAUGUAUGUAUAUUUAUAUAUAUAUAUACACACAUACAGCUAUGCCCGGCUCCCUCUUCCACCCUCAUGCUUCAAAUGCAUGUCCUUUGGAAAUGACAUCACUAAAUCUCAUCUGAGACUGAGAAAAUGAAGGCGUUUUGUUACGUUAUCUGUUAACUCAGGAGUGAAUGGAAUUUUGCCAUACUUGUAAAAACCAAAACCAAAUAACAACAAAACCCAAUAAAAAAAGACCCCUUUCAAAACCUCUGAUUUGUUGUGUCUAUAAAGAUGACCAUGGAGUCAGCAGAGUUAUGUAGAGAGAUGCAAUAUAUUGCCUUUCAAGAGACAAGCUAUCUUUUUUAAUAUGAAUCUUUCAGGUACAAGCUUUUUCUCCAUAUCAAUGGACCAGCAACAUAUAUUUCUUAUAAAUUAUUUAGAAAUGUAGGUACUUUUUCAAAUUCACUUCUUGGCUUUGCUCUGUCAGCCUUUGAGCUUUUAAAGGGUAUUUGGAUGAUAAAUACUGUUUGUGUGUGGAUUUUUAGAAAUGCUGAUGCAUGUUGUUUUUAACUGAAAUCUCAUGUAAAGCAGGAAGAUAUUUAAAAAUAAAUACUGUUUUUACCUAUUAGCCCUGUGGGCACAAUCUGACAGUAGUGAUGCAGGAAGAUGUCCCCUUAAAGACUAAGGGACUUUUGCCUGAGCAACGUCAAAAUUUAAUCCCUGUGACAGGAGAGGUGGGAGCAGUCUUCUUGCAAAGUCUGAGCAGAGAUGAUCCUCUCCAGCAUUGUAUGUAGAUGGUUGGGCAGCCACUGCAAAACAUACUAAAAUUAGACUGUGUUGGCAGGUUUGUACUUAUGGGAUGAACUGGUUACUGAGGGGAAUUAGAGAUGUCCCUUGAAACCUGUGUUUUAGCUGUCCUUGAUCUGCGCAAUGUGCAUGACCCUCUCCCUGUGCAUGCUCUGCAGUUUCCAUGAUUCUACAGUGGGACCUGUGAAAGCUGGGCUGGAGUUCCCUAUGAAAUGCGGGAUUUUUUUUAGCUCCCAAUAAAGACAGUUUAGGGAUGGGAGUAAUUAAAACAUCACAGUUAUUUCAUGCACCUGCUCAAAGGCUCAAGCUUUCAGGAUGUAUCAGCUGCGCAUUACUGAUGAUAACCAUUUACAUUCACAUAUGGGAGCCCAAAUGCUGCUUCCUUCCCUUAGUGUCUUUGGAAAUCUUUGAUGACAUUGGGAUCAUUGGGACCAGACUCAAACACCUAAACUGCAGCCCAGUGUUGGCUGGCACAGUGUGGUGGCUUGAGGUUUGGUUCAACAUUGGUGGACAUCAGUUGGAAUCAGUGUUGAUUCCAAUGAGCUUAGGCUCAGGUAACUAGUACCUAUAGACAGCUAAUAUUUAUAGCAGUUGAGGUUUACAGUAAUCUAGUAAAGUAUCCACAGAACUAUGCUGCACUUUCCCUGCUAGCUGUUUGUAGCUGUUGUUUAAAACCAUCAGUCAAAUCAGGGUCCUUCUCCUCCCCCAUACCUGUUCUCCAACCCUGCUUCCCUCAAAACUCCAUUGAACUCAUUUGUCCCUCUCAUCAAAACUGAUGAGGGGGCUUUGUAUAAAAAAAAGUCACUGUUUUAAUUGCUGAAUAAAUAAUUUAAUGUGAAUUUUAUUGUUAUAUUUUUAUGUAGCAUUUUUGGUUUGGUCUGUAUUUCUGAAAAAUUAGCUAAUGCUUUCUUUUAUUAUGCAACUGAAGAACUUAUAAAUCUCUUUGUAAAUUACAA